AUGAUUGUUGACGAUACAAUCGACCAGCUUGGAACUGUGAUGGGUGACGAUAACCCAGUUGAUGACGAUGACAGUGGAAACGAAACGGAGGACGAAGUCAAAGGGUUUCCACCGGGUACUUUUCAGGUGGAGGAAUCCGAUGACGAGGAGGCUGAGCUGAAUUGGAUGGACUUCGUUGGUGUGGCAGCUGGUCAGAUAAAUUCGGAGCCGGAGGAUCUCAAUGAAUCCGCUGAUUCACCUCUCUUUCAACGUGAGGAGGAAACAAUCGCAAAUGUGAGACCAGAAACCUCGGCCUGGUACCCAUUUGUAAAUAGGGAGUACCUUAUUGGUUCCCUUUUAGUUGGGUACUUACACAAACUUAUAUCGCGGGACAUGUACCAUAUAAUCCGUAGCGUCUUGACACUGCACCACCUUUUCCUGCCGCGCUGGGAAGCCUUGCGAAUGAUGCAAAGAAAGAUCCGUGAAAUGACCAAUCAAACUAUCAUUGAAGAAGAAACCGUCUUUGGUCAGCCGGUAUUUGGACUAAAUGCAAAAGAAUUAAUCAGAGAUGACCUGAUGAAUCCCUUGGUCGUACCCCACAUGGAUUUUCUUCCGGAAGAGACACUUGGGAAAAAUGUCUACAAGAGUUCACAGUCUGCAAAAUGGCUGAAACAUAUGUUGCCAGAUCUUCGAGUUCAGAUGGUGGAAUCAAACCAAAAACACUUUUACACCUAUGAACCCACCAAACUUCUCUCUUCUGAAACCGUCAUUCCUAUCUUUUUUUACACCCAACAGACCAAGAUCUUUGCAAAAUGCUUCAGUCCAGUUUUCAAAUCCAACCAAGAUCAAUCUAAGAUCCAAAUUGAAUUUCUGAAAACAUUGAUUUUGAUGAUGAGAAUCUCAAAAUCAUCCCUAUUGAACAACUAG